GAAGACGCGUGCGUACACUACUACUUCCAUUGUGUGGCGAUCUCCAAUCCUAUUGCGUUCCCUGACGAUCUUCUCCGGCGGCAUCUCCUCCUCCUGCGACGAUCUCCGUGACGUCUCCUCUAACUUCUUGAUGUCCUUCUUCUCUGCCAAAAUCCUCAGUGCCUCCCUUUCGUUCUCCCUUUCCUUCCAUGAUGGGCUGGUGGAGUGGAGGAUUUGGAUAUGGACUGUGAAUUGGGUUCUUAGAUCAGAAGUAACUUAAUUACCUGCAGAAGCUCAAUACCAGCUGGUGAAAUCCAACUUGAUGCUAACUGCAGUAUUGAUUUGAACCUAGAUUUCAAUAGGGUUCUUCGUUGUAGAAAUCUCCAACCUGUAGUAUAUAGGCUAUACUUGGAACUCCUCAAAUGACAUGCUUUUGAACUUAAAUAUCAGAUAAAAACGUCUCAUUAUCAAAAGUAAGCUCCAGUCUAUAUAACAUUUAUCUCUUUCAGAUAAUUAGUUAGUAUAGCUAAUGUAUACAUGCCAAUUAGAUUUCUUUACUUUUAAGUCUUUUGGCCGUUCCUUAUAAAGGUUGAAAGUUUAGAUAUGAACUAUUAAUAAUUAUGUGUUGGUAAUGUCCAGUUAAUUGAUUAUACGACCAAGUCAAUCUUAUCUUCUUAGUCAUGUUGUUGAACCGUUAUAAAUUUCUGUUUUACCCUUAUGACAAUGUAACAUCAGCAUUCUAGUGUUCACUGGUGGUUAAUCAGAGGUAUGAUUUGGAAACUGUUACAUUAUCCUGCAUCUAUAGAUUUAUAAUUAUAUUCCUGAUUAAUUUUAUUUUACUAUGUUAAUCUUGCACAUAUUGGGUGCUGUUUCCAACUUCCAAUAGAUACUUCUUCUUGUUGCAAUUUUUUGUUCAGAACUUCAGAUAUGCAACUGAUUAUCCAGCAAGAAAUAAAUUUUUUAAAAAAGAAGAAAACGAAAAAUCCAAAUGGUAUUGUUCUACUCAAUGAAUAAAUGUUCAUGUGAGCUGAAAACCAUUUCCAGAAGAUGGUUCUGUUUUUACAUAGGUUGAACUAUUGUGAAUUGCAAUUGUCUUGGAAAUUAUUUGACUUUUAAAAUUUGACCCCCCCUCUAAAUCUUACGCUUAAUUUAGCAGUGACUAUAUGUACCUCCUCACAAUCCUUUAUCAUUCGAUGCUUUGUGUAUUUGUUCGAUGUUAAUUCUCUCAUUCUUAAAUUAGGUCUUAUAUUUGUUUCUCCCUUGUUCUAGCUGACUGGAUUUGUUAUUGAUCAGGGCUUAGCUUCCUUAAUUGGAUUUGUGUUCUUGUGGUUUAAUUGGCAACCUAUAAAGUGAAAGAUGCUUAAAUUGACUUUUUGUAAAUAAAAGGUUUAUUUCUUAUUUUAACCCUUCAAAUAACUAAUUUGAUAAUCGUUAGCAGAGCAAACAUGUAACUUCAUUAUUGAUCUAUCUAACCCAUUAUUUAUUUCUUUUUUUAGUGACAUGGUAUACAUUUUGUUGCUGCUUGCAGUAGUCAUUCCGUGAUUCUUGCAAUAUCCUUUUUUGUAGUAGCACUUUCAUUAUACCAUAUAAUGCACCCAGGUGCUCCUACAUAAACUACAUUUUUUUAUAUGUUUUUCAUUAUAAUCUUAUUUUGCAUAUGUUGUGCUGCAUUAGGAGAUCUUGAUGCAAAAAGUGAGAAGGGAAAAUUAUUUGGCUCCAAAAAUUAUGAGCUUAAUAAGUGAUAGCUUGGCCAAACGAUUUCUGCUCCAAUCGCUUGGCAAAAAAUGGAGGGAACAUAGGAUAAAGCUUUGGAAUGAGUUUUAUGAUCCGAGGUUGAGUAAAACCAAGAUCAUAAAUAAUACACCAGAAGAUAUUGCUCUUGAUCAAUGGGCUUUAUUCGUAGAAUAUCGUUUGAAGCCUGAAACUCGGAAUCUUUGUAAGAGGAAUCAAGAAAUUCGGCAAAAACAAAUAAUUCCUCAUACUUCAGGUGCUAAAUCAAUUGCAAGAAGAAGGGCUGAAUUGACGGAAGAGAAGGGAAAAGAAGUUAGUAGGGUUCAAAUGUGGGACAUCACUCACAAGAAAAUAGAUGGAAGUUAUGUUAAUGAAAAGGCUAAAGAAAUAGCGGAGAAGAUUGAAGCAUAUAGCAGUCAACAAGCGGUGGAAUCAACCGUUAAUUCUCCUCUUGAUGCUCUUGGAGUAGUUCUUGGGAAAGAGCACCCUCGUCGUAUUCGAGGUUUAGGCAUGGGAGCUGUUCUAACAGUUGCUUUCAAGAACAACACUACAAGAAUUAGUCAGAUGAAUUUAGAUUCUUCAAAUGAUGCUGACACAUCAUCUACUUGUGGUCCAAAUGUACAAGAUGAGUUGGAUACCGUUAAAGCGCAAUUGCAAGCGCUAGUCUCCUAUAUUCCUUCUAAAGAAGGAGGUAAAAUUCCGGUGAAAUUGGCUGGAAUGUUCCCUACUCAUUUGAUAUAG